AUGGCCCCGAUGAAGCUUCUUUUCAGCUUCCUUCUUGCGACCUUGGCCCAAGGUCUACAUUAUGACCCGUCGGAAAUAGAUUACAAUCUGAACACAAACAAGAAAGCAACAAACCCGUUGGAGUACUCUGGUGCCCGGAAAAACCAUGAUUACUGGCCGUCACCUGACAACUGGCGAAUGCCGUUCUACACACUCUUCCUGGAUAGAUAUGCAAAUGGUGACCCGUCAAACGACGACAUCAAUGGCACGGUGUACGAGCAGGAUAUAACGAGUAACCAGCUCCGGCACGGAGGUGAUCUCCAAGGCCUAGUGGACAGUCUCGACUACAUCCAGGGAAUGGGAGUAAAGGUGAUCUACAUUGCUGGUUGCCCAUUCAUCAACUUUCCUUGGGGUGUCGACUCCUACUCUCCUCUGGAUUUUACCGUGCUUGACCACCACUUUGGCACUAUUAUGGAUUGGCAGAACAUGGUCGAUGAAGCCCAUAGUCGGGGGAUGUACGUCAUUUUGGAUCACACUUUCUCGACCAUGGGUGACCUACUCGCCUUUAAAGGUUUCGAGAACAAUACUGCGACGUUCUCCACGAAAGAGCACGAUGUUCUUUACAAGACGGGGCGCCAGUACCUGGAUUUUGCCCCAUCAAACGAUUACAAUCAGACCUGCGACUAUCCUCGAUUCUACCUCGAUACCGGUUACCCCGUCGAAACCAAUGUGACCAGCCAGCUGGUUGGCUGCUUCAAUAGCGACUUUGACCAGUAUGGCGAUAUUGAAGCUUUCGGUGUUCACCCCGACUGGCAGCGAUCACUGGCGAAGUUCGCCAGUGUACAGGAUCGCCUAAGGGAAUGGGUCCCUUCUGUGCGGGAGAGACUAGAGAGGUUCUCGUGCAUCACAAUCCAGCAGCUCGAUAUUGAUGGUUUCCGUUUCGAUAAGGCCACACAGAUCACCGUCGACGCACUGGGCAACCAUUCUGCGGCGGUCCGCGAGUGCGCGUCCCGGUUGGGAAAGAAGAACUUCUUCCUGCCGGGCGAAAUUACGGGUGGUAACAACUACGGAUCUAUUUACCUUGGCAGAGGACGGACCGCCGACAAGUACCUUGAUGACAUUGCCACGGCCAUGAACCUGACAACGAAGAAGAAGGAUGAGCUCGCAAACUCGACCACUCGCGACUUGGGACAGAAUGCCCUCGAUGCCGCUGCUUUCCACUACUCGGUCUACCGCUUCCUGACCCGAUUCUUGGGCAUGAGCGGUAACCUGGAGGCCGGUUUCGAUCUGCCGCUGAACUGGGUUGAUAUGUGGAGCCAGAUAGUUCUCACCAACGACCUGGUCAACGCGAACACCGGCAAUUUCGACCCGCGGCACAUGUACGGAACCAGCAACCAGGAUGUGUUCCGAUGGCCGUCUAUCGCGCAGGGUAUAGAGCGAUUGCUCAUGGGCUUUUUCAUCACCACGCUGCAUAUGCCAGGCCUGCCGCUUCUGCUCUACGGCGAGGAGCAGGCUUUUUACAUUCUAGACAGCACAGCCGAUAACUACAUCUUCGGCCGUCAGGCCUUCACGGCAUCGCAGGGAUGGAGGAUGCAUGGCUGCUACACUGGAGCCAGCACUCAGUACGUCAACUGGCCGAUCGAAGCCGCCCGUCACGGGUGCACAGACGAGAUGGCUGCCUAUGACCACAGAGACCCAUCGCAUCCGGUCCGCAACAUCCUAAAGUCCAUGUAUGCCAUGCGCGAGAACUUCGACACUUUCAGUGAGGCCUGGUUGCUGCAGCCCAUCGGAAACCAGACCUUUCACACCAUCCUGAGCGGCAGCAACACGACUGGGACCGAGUUCGGUAUCUGGUCGGUCGCUCGUGCCUUCCAGCCGACCGUCCAGGGCAAGUUCGCCUCCUCACCCGUUUGGCUGGUUUACCACAACCAGAACGUCUCGACCACCUACAGGUUCGACUGCGAGGAUGAGGACAAGGCCUUCUACGCGCCGUUCGACCAGAAAUCGACCGUUAAGAACCUCUUCUACCCCUGGGAUACAAUCACUCUCGGCACAUCCACGAAGAGCUGGCACUUUUCUGGCUCCUCUAAGAACAGCGGCUGCAUCUCCGAGAUCACCAUGGCCCCUUUCGAAUUCCGCGCCUAUGUGCCCAAGAGUGACUGGAAAGGCCCGCCUCCUAUGAUCACCAAGUUCACUCCCGGACACGACGUGCCUCUGCUCUCCAACUCCGUCAACGGAGAAGUGAACAUCACCUUUGAGUUCUCUAAAGUGAUGGACUGUGACGGUCUCAACGAGGCCAUAUCCAUCACCUCGGUGACGGAGAAUGGCAACAACGUCACGGUCACUGGAGCCAAGUGUAAGACCCUGGCUUCGGAUAAACCGGUGGCCUCGUAUGCUGGGUCCAUUCCCUCCAAGUUCCGCUAUUCCGCGACUCUCACAAACGUCGAUGAUGGCGUUCACCGAAUCACCAUCAAGAACGCGAGCACCAAGGCCGACCAUGAAGCCAUGAACUCGGUCGAUCACUUCCUGCUCCGUGUCGGCGCCGCCGACAACCCGAUUGUGUUCCCCACUUCAGCCAAUUACUCAAAGACGUUGGUGAUUAACGACAAUAAUAAGCUGUUUGUUAACCACUCCGCCUCAGGUGCCAAUAAAUGGCGCUUCUCGACCAACUGGGGCUCAACCUGGAGCAAUUGGACCGCCUACACCGGCGGCAUACGGGAAAUUACCAGACUCCCGUGGUCCGGUACCAGCUUGCAGUCGUGGAGUGGUGAUCACGUCAUGGUUCAGUACUGGUCGCAGCUGCAUAGCAGCAGCUCCUUCAUGCAGGCCGGUGACAGCUCCAGUCAGUUUGAGCGUCGCUUCCCACAUCUUUUCGUAGAGGGCACAUUCAACAAGUUCGGCUUUGACGUCGGCGUUGCCAACCAAAUGUCUCAGAUCUCCGAUGGGGUCUGGCAGAUGCAUCUGAUGGACGAGUGGCCGGCCCAGUUCCAGCUGAACGUAUGGGGCAUGAAUCCCGACGGCAAGCCGGACGCCUCGUGGGUGUAUGGUGACGUCGAUUUCGAUGGCAUUCUUGACAGAAUGCCGCCUACUUCGCUGGCCUUAAACGUGAUAAAUGCCACCAACCCGCCGCCUCUGCCCUACCUCAGCUACCAGCUCUUGUUCAACGAUGCAACCCUCACGUUUACCAAGCAGCCGCAGGGCAGUAUGUGGAUCCAGAUUAUCAUGUUCAUUCUGCUCGCCGUGCUCCCCGUCGUUGGUGGCCUGACGGCUGUGUGGAUCUUCUUGGGUUCGUUCUAUAAGGUCAAGGUCAACAAGGUUGGUUUCAAGAAGCAGGGGCUAAAUCCUUUUGGCAAGCUUGCCAACCGCCUGAGCUCCGUAUCUUUCGAGAACUUCCGCCAAGGGGAACUCGGAGAUGUUCCACUCACGCGCAGAAAGGUCCUCCUCGCCACUAUCGAGUACAAUAUCGAUGACUGGAACAUCAAGGUCAAGAUCGGUGGUCUGGGUGUCAUGGCUCAGCUGAUGGGCAAGGCCCUGAAACACCAGGAUCUGAUUUGGGUCGUCCCGUGCGUUGGUGGCGUCGAAUACCCCGUCGACCAGCGCGCCGAGCCGAUGUACAUCCUCAGUAUAGGCAAGAUGUACGAGAUCGACGUGCAAUAUCACCAGGUCCAGAACAUCACGUACGUACUGCUCGACGCCCCGAUUUUCCGCCAGCAGACCAAGUCCGAUCCCUACCCUCCCCGCAUGGACGACAUCAACUCGGCCAUCUACUACUCUGCCUGGAACUAUUGUAUCGCCGAGGUCAUACGCCGCUUCGACCCCGACCUGUACCAUAUCAACGACUACCACGGCGCUGCCGCACCGCUCCAUCUCCUUCCUGAACGCACCAUUCCGUGCAUUCUGUCCCUGCACAACGCUGAAUUCCAGGGUCUGUGGCCCAUGCGCACCGCCGAGGGUUUCAAGGAGGUCUGCGAGGUGUUCGACCUGGACCCCAAGAUCGUGAAGGAGUACGUUCAGUUCGGCUCGGUCUUCAACCUCCUGCAUGCCGGUGCCAGCUACCUGCGUGUGCACCAGAAGGGUUUCGGUGCUGUGGGUGUGUCCAAGAAAUAUGGCGAUCGCUCGUACGCCCGUUACCCCAUCUUCUGGGGUCUCUCCAAGGUUGGCCAGCUCCCGAACCCCGACCCCAGCGAUAUGGCAGAGUGGACCCGCGACGAGGAGGCCCAGGAGAAGGACGCUGAUGUCAACAUGGAGACUGAGUCUAAGCGUGGCGAUCGUCGCAAGCAAGCUCAGGCAUGGGCUGGUCUCGAAAUCAACCCAAAUGCGGAACUCUUCGUAUUCGUCGGUCGUUGGUCGAUCCAAAAGGGUGUGGAUCUUAUCGCUGAUCUCUUCCCGUCCAUUCUGGAGAAGCACAAAGAUGUCCAGCUUAUUUGUAUCGGCCCCGUCAUCGACCUGUACGGCAAGUUCGCUGCCCUGAAGCUAGCGAAGCUCAUGGAGAAGUACCCCAAGCGCGUCUACUCGAAGCCCGAAUUCACCGCCCUCCCGCCGUACAUCUUCAGCGGCGCCGAGUUUGCCUUGAUACCGUCUCGUGAUGAGCCGUUCGGUCUCGUCGCCGUCGAGUUCGGCCGUCAGGGUGCGCUCGGUGUCGGUGCCCGUGUGGGUGGUCUUGGUCAAAUGCCCGGUUUCUGGUACACGAUCGAGUCUAUGGCACCACAGCAUCUGUUGCAGCAAUUCUGCGAGGCCAUCACUCGCGCCUUGGAGAGCAAGGCCAAGAUGAGGCAAAAGAUGCGUGCGUGGUCCGCCAAGCAGCGAUUCCCGGUUGCCCAGUGGGUCGAAGAUGUCGACAAGCUUCAGUCUAUGGCCAUCCGCAUCCACAACCGUGAAGCCAAGAAGCGAAGGCGCAUCACCAGCGGCUCCCUGCUUUCCGUGCCGUUCAACGUGGUUCUUCACGCUCCUGGUGGUAACAGGCCGUCCUUAGAUGAUUCUGGCAUCGAAGAUCCCCUCCACUCGGCCCGCCAAUCGCGUGCCUCUAGCCUCUCGGUACCUAAUAUCAUCGAGACGGACUACGAUGUUGAGGCAAGCCGCCGAGCUAUCUCAAACCCGUUAGUCAACUCAGCUCACCUGGCCGCCGCUCCCACGCUUGGCACUCCCAGCGCACCGACGAUUAAUGCGACUACUGAUAUCGCCGACGAGUCGGCCCUCCCGCGGAACCCCAUGUUUCUGAACCAGUCCGCUAGCUCCUCCGUCUCGUCGCUGGCCACCAUCAGCAACGAGCCCGGAUCCCGUCUCAGUGUUGAUACCUUCGCCAUGCACAUGAUGUCGCCAGAUGAAUCCGAGACGCGCCCGCAGGCCUUUGGCCGUCACAGCCCGCAAAGCCCCCCUGAUGCCUCGUUGAACUUCCAACACGACGACCAGUGGAGAUCGUCUCGUCUGUCUGUCGAGAACAUCAUUGGCGAGAGGCACGACUUAAAGCUUCAAAUUGUUGAACCCUUCUUCACCGACGUGACUGGCGAGUACUACAAGGCUUUCGAGCAGAAGCUGGUGGGUAUGACGAGCAAGAACUCGGAUACGGAUCUUUGCAUCGAAGACUACCUUAAGGAAAGCGAGAAAGAGUGGUUCAAGCACUUUCACAAUGCCAAGCUCGGCCGCUCCCGGUCCCCAUCGCGCACGAGAUCCCCCGCACCGAGCAUGAGCGGCGAGACUUUGGCUCCAUUGGACGACGACAUGCAACACGGUGAGUGGCAGAACAGAUCGGACAGCGAUGACGAAUUCUUGCUGGGUCCCGGCUACAAGCCGCCAAAAGGGUUCAAGAAAUGGCUCAGCAUCCGCAUCGGCGACUGGCCCAUAUACAGUUUCAUCCUCGCCAUCGGUCAGAUCAUGGCCAGCAACAGCUACCAGAUCGUGCUGCUGGCUGGAGAAGCCAGUCAGACGGCCGCCCAGCUCUACAUCGUCGCCGGCACCUAUGGAGUCACUAGCAUACUGUGGUGGUUGACGUUCCGUCGCCUCUCGACAGUAUAUACCCUCAGCUUGCCAUGGCUCUUCUACGGCUUCGCGUUUGUGUUGCUCGGCGUGACGCCAUUUAUGCCCGAGAAUGAUCGCGGCCCUCUCCAUGACACAGCGACCGCAAUGUAUGCGGCCGGCGCAUCGAGUGGUUCGAUGUUCUUUGCGAUGAACUUCGGUGAUGAAGCUGGCGCUCCAAUCUCGGUAUGGAUCUUCCGUGCGGCCAUCAUCCAGGGUAUCCAGCAGCUGUACGUUGUCGGACUGUGGUACUGGGGUAGCCUGAUCUCGAGCAAGACUAGCCUGGUCAAUGGCAUGGUCACCAGCAACACGGGUCCCAAGACUCUCGUGAUCACCAUACCCAUCGCAGUGAUCCUCUGGCUCCUGGGGGUUGUCUCCUUUGUUGGUCUGCCCGACUACUACCGCCAGUCCCCCGACAAAAUCCCCUCGUUCUACAUGUCACUGCUCCGGAGGCAUAUCGUCCCCUGGUUCCUAUUCUCGGUGGUCGUGCAGAGCUACUGGCUCUCGGCCCCGUAUGGCCGCAACUGGCAGUUCCUGUUCGCUGCCAAGGCCGUCACGGGCUGGGCCGUGGUGCUGCUGAUAUUGGGCUUCUUCGUUAUCCUGUGGCUUAUCGGCCUCUGGAUCUUCAGCAUGUUCUCGAAGACGCACCCAUGGAUUGUGCCUCUGUUCGCCAUUGGCCUCGGCGUCCCACGCUGGGCCCAAAUGUUGUGGGGUAUCUCGGGUAUCGGCCUGUACCUCCCGUGGGUCGGCGGCGCCGUUGCCUCCGCCAUCGUCUCGCGCUGUCUCUGGCUCUGGCUCGGAGUCCUGGACACCAUUCAGGGCGUCGGCCUGGGCAUGGUCCUCCUCCUGACCUUGACGAGGCAGCAUGUGGCGGCUACACUGAUUGGAGCCCAGAUCCUCGGCUCCGGCUUUAUCAUCCUGGCCAGGGCGACCGCCCCGGACAAGAUAGGACCCGGGCCGGUCUUCCCGGACCUCAGCGAGGGCAUAAUGCCAGGCAUAGCGCAGCCAUGGUUCUGGGUAGCUCUCGGCCUACAGCUCAUCCUGCCGAUUGGCUUUUUUAAGUUCUUCCGGAAGGAGCAAGUAGCGAAGCCGUGA